UUUUUAAGUACCAAGAAGCAUGGAAACUUAGAAAUCAUAGAGACUACAAACACUUAUGCACAUUCUGCAUGGUUUCUUUUUAUCCUUGUAUCAAGUGAUGAUAUAGUUCGUGAAAUGUCAAUACAAAGGGAUUUUACAGUCUUAAGAUCCUAGAAAUGAUCAUUGAUCCUGAGGGUGGGCGGAGUGCUGCAAGUCUAGGGUGCGUUGUUUAACGACCACCUCACAACUACCCUAGUUUUGUUCGCUAUGCAGGGCUUGCAGGCCCGAUAGCCAGUUACAUUAAAGUGCAUCAGUGCAAAAAAUAUCCCCACUGUUCGCUUCUCCUCUCUAUCAAAAACUGGAAAAUAAAUAAAUUUAACGGAUCAUAAGCCAAGUGUUAGUUUCCUGCAUACGUGCUUCGGUUGUGACUCUUGGCUACGUAGAAUGGAUUUAUAGGCGUAGCGUAAAGGUUAGACUAGACACACGCAUGACAUCUGGAAAGGCGUGCGUGUAUUGGGAAUUGCAUAUCUCACAAAACGAUAUUGAAAGGUUGCUAAUCUCAAUUGACAUGUGAUUUCAUUUCUUCAGUUGUAUUAUUUAGUCUUAUUAUUAAAAUAUUAAAUAUAGAAUAUUCAUGUGACUCCACUAUUUUUUCCCAAUUUGUUACUUAGUUAUCCCACACACAAGCUGGGAGAACUCCAUAAUAUAGGAAAAGGUAAUGAAAGGAAAUGAAUGAAUCCUAACAAAGAAAAGUCGCUUUUACGUGGAAUACGAAACACAUGUCCAUAGUAGGUAAAGGGGGUUUAAUUAUUGUCUAAUAAAUACUUGGAUUGUUUAUAACAUUUUUCAUUUUUAUCAUUUGUUCUUCAUAAUGUGUUUCUACUUUUCAUUACCUGGAUAUUUUAAAUGUUAGGAAAUACAUCAAUUGUCACUUUAUUACAACAAAAGGCGACAUAGCGAGAUAGCUUUGGAACUCAUAUUUACGUCUUUACAGUUUAGUGCACGGGCAUACAUAUAAUUUUCUCAAAAGGAAUUCAAAUGUCAUACCGUGAGCUGCGCAUGUUUACCGAAACAAUGCGGUUACUGGGAUACCCUAAUCUUAUCAGCAUGGAAUCGUUUCGUACUCCUAACGUCGAGUUGGUAGCAGACUGCCUUUAUUGGCUCCUGAAGCGCUAUGAACCUUCUACGGAGGUAGAGUACACGAUCGAACGGGAGCGCGACCGCGUACAGUUCUUUAAGCAGGUUUGUGAGGCGGUACUGACAAGGGCUCGUAUAAAACUGAACAUUAAAAAAUUGUAUCAGGCGGAUGGCCACGCGGUGCAGGAGAUGCUCAAACUAACACAGAUUUUGAAGGAAGCGAUGCGGGCCACCGAGGACGAGGAGCCCGACUUUGCCGCAAUCCAUCAGAUGGCAGCACAGAAAAGUGUGCAUGAAUUGAAAACGGUUCAAGGGCUCUGCAGUGGCCUCACUGCCGAUGCUGGAAGCUUGUUUGACUUCAUUGGAGCAGAGAUGAAAGCGCGCGGUGAGCGGCAGCGCGUGUUGUCGCGUGCUACCGAAGUAGAUGAGUUUGAACGACGCUUGAAGGAGUUGCUCCUCAAUGUAGCUCAGCAGGUGGAGCAAUUGCAACAGUCCAUAGCGAACCUCAACGCGGACGAGAAUAACUUAGAGCAAAAGAUUGAAAGCAAGAAAACUCAGUUGGAAAGGACCCAGAAACGGUAUAAGUCCCUCAUGACAGUUCGUCCUGCGUUUAUCGAGGAGUACGAUAGAUAUGAAAGUGACCUUCAAGGGCAGUUUGUGAAAUAUCUAGAGCAGUACCGCAAUCUUGAGUAUCUUGAGUUUCAGCUUGCCAAAUUUAAUGCCAAGGAGGAUGCGUUGUUGAAGGAGCAGCAGACAGUUUUGAGUGUGAUGCGGGAACGGCUGCGUAAGGAAGAGCUUCAGGCGCUGCGCGGGAGUAAGCAAGGGAAAGGCUUUAUCCCUCAUCUCAAUAAUGGAAGCAAUUCCAUAAAUGAGGAUUUCGAUUCAGAACUGAAUGUCAGGAUUUGUGCGCGAAAUGCUGUGGAAGAGGGCAGUAGCAUUAGCGAUACCGACGAGGAUGACUUGACAGAUACAAAGGAAAGCAGCGGUGGUGCGGCAGGCGGUCGGUUUCGAAUGCAGAAUGGCACGGGUUGGAAUCAGGCCUCACAAUCUAUUGAGCUUACGAAGCGACGACAAGGGCCGAGUUUUACCGAAAACGUGAGCGAUACAGAUGAUAUGAAUGGUGUGGCCGCUACUUCCGGCGUGAAUCCGAUGCAUCGUGAGCAUCUAUCUGGCGGAAGGCCUCCCGCAGCCCGUACGGAGCACGACAUGAGGAAGCCGCUUGGGGAAGAGGAUAAUAGCUCUAUGGUUAGCUCCGAUGAGGACUCCGAUGAUAUGUCUACCACCACUUCCACGAGCAAUGACGGCGACGAUAGCGACGACGAAGAUGACUGCGAGGAAGAUUCCUCAGCAGAAGAAAGCGAUAUCUAA